AUGGACCUUUCUACCCUCAACCCAAAUUCCAGCGAAAAUGGCGUCCAGCGUGGAUGCCAAGCUGAUGAGGCGGACCAAGUUCCCCCUGAGUUUAAUAAGAAGGUGGAUAUGACCAAGGUCAACAUCGAGGUUAUGAAGAAAUGGAUCGCAAGUCAAAUUUCUAAGAUAUUGGGAAAUGAGGAUGACGUCGUUAUCGAGCUUUGCUUUGCACAUCUGGAGGGAUCACGCUACCCCGAUAUCAAAUCUCUCCAAAUCCAGCUCACCGGAUUCCUAGACAAAGAUACCCCCAAGUUUUGCCAAGAGCUGUGGUCGUUGUGCUUAAGCGGCCAGGCCAAUCCACAGGGCGUCCCGAAGGAGCUCCUGGAGGCUAAGAAGCUUGAGCUCAUACAAGAGAAGCUUGAAGCAGAGAAAGCUGCCGAAGCACUUCGACGCCAAAGAGAACAAGACCAAAUCCGCGAACGAGAGUUGGACGAUGUGAGACGGCACGGCCUUCGUCUCCUGGAGGCCGAGACCGCAGUCGAGACCGAUUCCGCGAACCUCCAUCUCGACGUGACUUUGACUCUUAUGUGCCACCUGGUAAUCGUCGCGGCCGCCGUCCAUCUAAAUCCCCACACGGCACCCGUUCUCCAUCUCGAUCCCCGAAGCCCUCGUCGCCAUCUCGCCGAAACCGCGACGAGCCACGUUACAGGCGACGCGAACGCCGCCCCCGUUCCCCAAGCAACUCAGUAUCUCCCGAGCGCCGCAACCGCGGAGGAGCGAGAAGGCGCAGCAGUCCGGACUACGGUGAUCGUGUUAAAGCAAGACCCAUUUCCCGCAGCCGUUCCCCGCGCUCACGUUCCCCCAGAGGAGACCGCCGCCGCCGAAGCUCUGUCUCUCGCAGCCGCAGUGUAUGCUCGUCGCCUCGCUACACCCGGCGCCAGGCAGAUUCUCCAACUUCCGUCUCUCCCGCGAUGUCUCGCCGUUCAUCUGGACGCUAUGCCCGAGACCGCGAUUCUCGUCGCUUGA